GAGGACGUCGAAGCUGCGUUAGCUAUCGUUGUCGCCGUCGUCGUCGACUCCUACUGGGCCCAACGCGAUGGCGCAGCCACCACCACCAGCACCGCAUCAACCCGGAUUCGGCACUUCCGCGUCAAACAUGUCGUCCACGAACCGGGAAACGGACGAAAGCUCCCGAGAUUCCGGUUUCGGUGAGAUGGACUACGAGAAUAUGCCUAUGGAUUUUUCCUCGCAUUCUUCCUACUUCAAAAAAUCGACAUCGACAUUCCAGUUCAAAAGUUCCGACAUGGAAAUGGAUGAUCUAGUCAUUGAAGAAUCCCUACAGAUCGAAACAACAAAUAUGAUUUGUUCGAAAAAUGAAGAACUGGAAGUGAAAGAUGUCCUGAGUAAUCCAAAAGUGCUAAGGAGAGCACUUUCCGAUGUGACUAAUAGCCCCCGUGUAUGUUCGGCGGAGUCACCAAAAUCGAGAAAAACGUUUUUCGCUAAGCCGCAAUUGUUGCGAGCUAAUAGCUUGUAUAAUAAUAGAAAAAGAGGUUUGUAUGUGAACAAUUUGGAGAAUAAGAGGCAUAGAAUCGACGAGAUCAAUGAAGAGCAUGAGAAUUCCCCCACAUGUUCCGCAUCUUCCAAAAGUUUCACGAGAACUACCACAACCACCACCAAAAGAACUUCUGUGAUGCUUCGAGUUCAAUCUUCCUCUGUUCUUGAACUCGGGCACCAUCUUCCCCAACUCCUUGAUGUGAAAUACCAUCUGGACACCCUGACCACCAAUGACUCUCAGGCUUUUCGUCGUAUUGAUGCUCAAACACUUUGUCAGCUCAUGAAAUCUAUGAGUAGCGAAGAAUUUGCCGAGAAGUAUGUGCUCGUCGAUUGUCGAUAUCCGUACGAGUUCAAUGGUGGACAUAUUAAGGGAGCCAUCAACAUCUACGAUACCGCAAAAUGUGAAGAAAUCUUCUUCCCAUCAAACUCUCAACACCUUGAAGAGAUUCACCGCCGGAUACCCAUCUUCUAUUGUGAAUACAGUCAAAAACGUGGUCCUUCGAUGGCACAAAUGCUACGAAGUGUGGAUCGACAGCGACACGUGGAUGUCUAUCCGAAAGUAGAUUUUCCUGAAAUCUACGUCGUCGACAAGGGCUAUCGGAAUUUCUUCGAAACCUUCUGCCAAUCUGCGGAUCGAAAUUUGUGCGAGCCGUGCAACUACGUGGCGAUGGCUGAUGUUAGAUUCACGCAUCAUCUCAAACAAUUCAAUUUCCACAAGAAAAGCUGGGGUAACACGACCUGCUCGAGAAGCAUAUCAGCUCAUUCUCGACUGGCACUUCGCCAGCACUCCGAAGGAUCCCUGUACUCGCCAUCAAACCCGGGACCAUCUCGACCGAGUUCACGUCGUCCGCUCUUCACCACUCCGGUGCCAGAGACUCCCGAGUCGUCGACGCCAGUCUCCGUGCGACCUCUGCACUUCUCCUAACGUCCUGCCGCUCAGCUGCUUGUGUGCCGCCGGCGUGCUGCAUGAUCUGAUCCCUGUGAUGAUCUCAUUUCCUUGUUCCUUCUAGCGCUCUUCCGCCUGCUUGUGUAUAUUUCACUACAUAUGAAUAGUAUGUGUGAGAGAAUUUCUAUUGCACCUAAUUGUUUAAUAAUAAUAUUCUGCAAUUCUGCGUCUCUGCGUUGUACAAAGUGUGUCUCACAUCUGCCCGCGCCUAGCUUUCACUAUUUUUUGGCUGUAACUUCGCAUUAAUUUUCAUAUAUUUUAUUCUAUAUUGGAGCUGCAUGAUGACUCAACUAUGUUCUAGAAACCCAAUUUACCUCAAGAAAUUACUCUCUGUGACUUUAUCCCACAAAACUAAGUAUAGACGGCCAUUGGUGUCAAACACUAGGACUUUCAGAAUAGAUUUCGCUAUGCGGGUCCCAUCCACAUGCCACAGAGUUUCGCGUACUCCUCGUUCAUACCCACAUCUAACCUCAAAUCAUUUGUACCAGUUGUCCUUAUGCAGCCCGCGCUAUUUUCUCUAAACAUGCUAAAGUUACCUGGAAGUGUGUUGUGUGUAUAUAUAGUCUAGGCCGCUUGUGUAUGUGACUGCCAUAGAAAAACGCCCAGACACAAUCGCUCUGACAUUUUUGUUUAAUGUUUGUAAAAUAAAUGUGUCUGUGUUCAAGUACGAGUGGCAGUUGUGCAUGUGCGUGCGCGCGCCGCUGACGACGCACGCACGCAUUGCUUCGUCGUAUUUUAGUGUAUGUGGCUCCGCAACAACUACGGACAUAUGUAUUUUAUUUAGUUGUAAUAAUGCAUAUUGAGUAAUAUAUUGAGUGAAUUUGGGAAGUAAUAAAAAUUAGAUCUGA